CCGCACACGGGCCAAGCCUCAUAUUGCACACACGUUGGAGGUGGGUAGGGCAUGCCAGGUCCACACACGUUCCCAGUCGGCGAUGCGUAUGGCAUUGCCACGCAUAUGUACCCCACCCAACACACUGUGGAAAGGGGCGGAGCAAUGAGGGAUGAUUGGCAGUGGUCCCUGCAGUGCGGACAGGCGUCGCAGGCGCUGCAUGGCGGAAUGUCCACCCCAUCGCCCAUGUCAGUCAGGCGGUCUGCUGUCAAGCCUUCGCCUUCCAUGGUAGAUCUGCAAGGAGAGGAUAUGGAUGAGGGAUGGCCUGUGCACACUGCUGCUUCGUCGCCUGCCGGGUUGCGAGGCCGUUCCUCUGCUGGCAACGAAGAUCUGUAUGUUGACGACGACGGAGGUGAAGGUGAUGGCGGUGACACUGAUGCACAUAACUCCGACGACGUGCAGGACGACAGGGACAGUGUUGGGCAGACAGAUGGGGGCCAGACGGAGGAUUGUCGUAAGAAGUGGCAGGGCAUGAUGGCUGCAGCGAAGUUGAUUCUCGACAAGUGUGAGAAUGCUUCGGGCAAACCUUCAUACUGGGACAUGACUAUGGAGGAACGGAGGGCGGAGCAGGUGCCAGUAAGCUUUGAGAAAGAGUUAUGGGAAGCGAUGGAGUGGCAACUGAAUCGACCCUCCAUCAAGUGUGACAACACGCUGGCGUCGGAGAACCUGCCGGGUAAUGCGGGAGGCCAUCAACAGAGACCAGUCCACCACAACCCUCGUCGGGGAAACGUGGUUCCGACGGUAGAGCAACGGAACAUUCCGACAGUGCAGCGAAGACGCGGAGGACGAAUACCGGUAAAGCGAGGAUGGACGACACGACCAGCGGUGGGACAGUAUUGGGGAGGGCGAUGGAGGACGCAACACGGUCGUACAACGAAGGUCUGGAUAAGGCCGCUACCACUCUGGCGAAGGCAACGUCGGAGGCCGGCACAGCGGUCACAGCGAAGAUUGGUGAUGGAACAGAUGCCAUGCGUGGGGGGAACAGUGUCCUCGAAAUGCUUGUGGGGGUUCUUGCAAGGUGCGGGGGUGGAAGGAACAACGGUGCACAGUGGAGGGCGGACACAGACCCCUCGUCACGUUAGCACUCAAGGAUAACAGGUCGUAAAGAAAAAGGAGCACAAAAAAAAUAUCAAUCACUCAUAUAUAUAUAUAUAGGACGACUUCCGUUUCCCCGUCCCAGCAUCCACGCCGUGUGUCCGUUCCCUUGUUCUGGCACCGUGAGCCGGUGCGUCCCGAAAUAUAUAUAUCAUCACAAACAAAACUGCCCGGUAAAC